ACCGCAUGCGGAGUUCCGGUUGACAGAGGAAGUGGUAAUUCUCCGUCGAGUGUUUCGCUUACGUAAUUGGGCUGGGCGGAGCUGGCUCGGUGGGUGGGGCUCAUGAGCGUUGCGUGGCUGGGCUGCAGCAGGCGCUGAAAUUCAAAUCUGAAGGGCGGUUAUCGUUGCCCAGGCUCAAGCCAGAGGCAGCUUUGGAGCAGACGCAGUGAGGGGCUUCGGUAGCAGUACCUGCAGAGAUGGACCCCUUCACCGAGAAACUUCUAGAGAGAACCCGUGCCAGGAGAGAGAAUUUACAGAAGAAGAUGGCUGGUCGGCCCACAGUAGGAGUGCGACCUACAACACAAACAAAAAGGAGCAGAGAACCUUUGUCAGAAGCUGGUAACCAACCACAUCAGCCUAGUGAAGAAGCAAAGCCAGGUACAAAGCCAUCACCAUCCAAAAGACGUUGUUCAGACAAUGUGGAGGUUCCACUUCCUAAUUCAGAGAAUGGGUAUCCAAUGGGCUCACCUUUCAUAGACAACGUUCUUCCUGAAAUGGCUCCUACCUCUCAUCAUGUUGCCUCAUCCAUCGAGACUGAAGAGCAGGACCAUAAAUCAGAACCAACUUCUGUUGCUUCAGUUAAAACACGUAUGCAAAAACUAGCUGAACAACGGCGCUGCUGGGACAAUGGUUCAUCUGAAAGUUCUUGUAUAUCUCCCAUCCAAACAAAAGAAUUUAUCGUUUCCCCACCCAAACAACGACCCCUUAAAACUGACACCCCAAUAGGGCGAAGAGGCCGUUUAGCUAAUCUUGCUGCUACAAUUGGCUCCUGGGAAAAUGACCUAAGUCAUCCAUCUGCAAUGCAAAACAGUACACAAGAACAGCCUGGUACUACUUGUUUAUCCAAAUUGUUCACUACAAGUGAAGCAUCUGCUAGAAUCAAUAGCGGCAGUGUGAAGCAGGAUGCUGCAUCCUAUUCGCAAAGGACUGUUGAGUCAUCUGUGAAUAAGAAAUUGGGAGCUAAUAAUUGUGUAACAAAAUCCUCUUGGAUAACUAGCAAUCAUUCUAAAGAAACUGAGGAACCAAAACAACUGCCACAAGAAAAGGCCAACCUUAAGCCAUCACUGAAACCAGCAUUAUCUCAACCACUUUCUGCCAAAGAAGAGCGAAUCAAGGGAACACAUGUACAAACUGAUAAGGAUAAACCAACUACACCAGGAGGACCAGGCAUUAAGCCUUUUCUGGAGCGUUUUGGAGAGCGUUGUCAGGAGCAUAGUAUACAAAGUCCUGUUACUACUGGAGGACACAGAACUCCCAUUAUCACUCCAAAUACAAAGACAAUCCACGAAAGACUCUUUAGACAGAAUGAAGCAUCCUCUACUGCCAGUCUAGCACAGCAGCUCAAACAGGAACGUGAAAGAGAGCUUGCAUGCAUUAGAGGCCGCUUUGACAGGGGCAACUUGUGGAGUGCUGAACGAGGAGAUAACUCCAAGAAAAAAUGCCCAGAAACAAAAUUGGAGGGUCUGACUCAAACUAAAUCGAAGCUCCUCCCCAGUUCAGAUACCAACUCCCAGUUAUCAGAAGAAAAGGCCGCAGCACUUAAAGAAGUAGAAGGCAUCUCUUUUGGAACUUCAGAAUACGAAAAGAUAGAAGAAAGUCCUCUGAAAAUCUUUUCACCGCAUACUCCUGUAAAAGCACAGUCCACCACGAACCUUGAGCAACUUCCUGACAAGCAGAACGACAAAGAACACGAAACUGAGGCAAAUGACGAGAUGGAUAGUUCAAAGGUGAUAAAUGACAUCUUUGAUGAAGUUCUUCAAGAGGAUGGGCCUGAUAUAGAGAAACUUAAAAAAGAGAUGAGUAUGACCUUAGAAGCUGACAGUGAAGAUGAACAGGAAGAACCACUGAAUAUUUCAUCAAUGUCCCUCCUAACACCUUUAACAGAGUCUGUUGCUGUUGUAAGUCCAGAGGUUUCUGCUUCCCCUAGCAAAUCAGUUGAUGAGGGAAGCAAUGCAAGCAAUGAUAGUCCAAAGUCCAACAAGUUUCAAAGAACAUCUGUUUGCAGAACUGAGUCUGGAAGCAGCAUUGGGUCCUUGUCAGAGGAGCGUAAUCUUCUGUAUAGUAUUGAUGCCUAUCGAUCUCAGCGAUUUAAAGAAAUGGAUCGUCCUUCAAUAAAGCAAGUAAUUGUUCGUAAAGAAGAUGUUUCUUCCAGACUUGAGGAAAAAAGGAAUGGAACAUCUGAUCAAAUUAACAUUAAACACAAAUUGCAGGAACUGAAUAAUGAAAUCAAUCUGCAACAAACAGUCAUACAUCAAGCCAGCCAGGCUCUGAAUUGUUGUAUUGAUGGGGAGCAUGGAAGAGGCUCACAAGAAGAAGCUGAAGCUGAGAGACUACUUCUCAUUGCAACUGAAAAAAGGACAGCAUUAUUGGAAGCACUAAACAAACUAAAAAACGAAGGGUCCCAAAGCAAGAAGGUUAAAGCUGAAUCCAUGCCUAGCGGUGUUUCUCCAUCCAGGGGAUCUGUUACUCUGUCAGAAAUGCAUCUUCCUCUGAAAGCAGAUUUUGUAUGCAGUACUGUCCAGAAAUCAGAAACAGCAAACUACUACUACAUAAUAAUGUUAAAAGCAGGAGCAGAAAACAUGGUUGCUACACCGUUAGCAAGUACUACAAAUUCCCUGAAUGGAGAUGCCCUUACUUUUACAACAACUUUUACACUGCAAGAUGUGUCCAGUGAUUUCGAGAUAAAUGUUGACGUUUAUAACUUGGUACAGAAGAAAGAAUGCACAGGUAUUGAUAAAAGGAAAAAGUCAGCUAAAUCAAAGGCUAUUACUCCAAAGAGAUUGCUGACAUCUAUUACUACUAAAAGCAACCUUCUUGCACCAGCCAUGGCCAGUCCAGGUGGACCCAAUGCUGUACGCACAAGUAACUUUGUUCUUGUUGGUUCACAUACAGUUUCAUUGUCUUCAGUAGGGAGUACCAAAUUUUUGUUGGACAAGGUUCCUUUUUUAUCUCCUCUGGAAGGCCAUAUAUAUCUGAAGAUUAAAUGUCAAAUAGAUUCUUGUGUGGAGGAGAGAGGGUUUUUGACUAUGUUUGAAGAUGUUAGUGGGUUUGGGGCUUGGCAUCGGCGUUGGUGUGCUCUUUCUGGAAACUGCAUUUCCUAUUGGACUUACCCAGAUGAUGAAAAACGAAAGUAUCCAAUGGGCUCAAUAAACCUGGCAAACUGUACGAAUCGUCAGAUCGAACCAGCCAACAGGGAGUUCUGUGCUCGGCCCAACACGUUUGAGCUAAUUACUGUUAGGCCUCAGAGAGAGGAUGACAAGGAAACACUAGUUAGCCAGUGCAAAGACACACUGUGUGUUACCAAGAACUGGUUGUCUGCUGAUACUAAAGAUGAGCGCAAUCUGUGGAUGCAGAAACUCAACCAAGUUCUUAUUGACCUUCGGAUGUGGCAGCCUGAUGCUUGCUAUGUGCCUAUUGGAAAGCCUUGAAACAUGGGGACGAUUUCCCAUAGGAGCUUGCUUACAAAGCCAGAUGCAGGCUACGCUGUGCUCUUAAUGUAAACUUUUAUAUAAGGCCUUUUGGGAUUAUGCAUUACACUUCAUGCUUUAAAAUCUGGAGGGGGAUAUUCUGUUGUACGAGGCUCCUUGCUGCAUUCAGAGCUUUAAAUCAUCUAGCAUUGCUAUAUGAUACGUAGCUGUGCUUUGAAGCUCUGUUUGACUGUGCUAAAUACUUUUUGUAUAUAAUGCUUCUUGAAAUCUAUAGGGCAUAAACAAUUAAAGUACCAGUCUAUAUUAAUCAAAA